AUGGACGAUCCCUACAGCUGCUGGUGCACCCCUGGAGGGAGGAUCCUGGCCCCCUGUGCAGAUCGCACGUCCGCACCUCCUCUCAGGGCCGGCUUGUCUUUUGCCCAGGACACUCGUACUUGCGAUAUUCCCUUGGCUUUCCCGUUGAAUGUCUGGGAGCCCUUCAAGAGCCGAGGUGGCGCUCUCUCAAAGGUUCUGUUCAACCAAACCCUGGAAGUAUCAUCAUAG